AAGAGGAGAGAGGGUGUUGAGAGUGUUGUGUUCACACCCGACUCACCCAACGGAAGAGAGGAGAGCUGGAGACAGAUGACCAGAGACAAGGCAAUCACACUGAGACGGUUGACUUAACACACCCACCAACGCACACACAAGCCACACACACAUACCACAUAUACACCACACACACACACACACACACACACACACACACACACACACACACACACACACACACACACACACACACACACACACACACACACACACACACACACACACACACACACACACACACACACACCACACAUACACCUAAAGAGAGCAACUCAGACACAUGCACAAAGACUUGUAAAUCUGUUCAGACACAUGUACAAGCAAACACACAGACAAACACACACAGACUUUCACUUUUCUCAGAGAACACUGUUCGCCAGGUCCAGAUGAAGAGGAAUGCGUUCAGGAGGACGAGAGGUGACCAGGAGACACACACUGGACUUGGACCUCCAAUCUCCCACCAACAGGCGUGUAACAAACACACACACACACUGUCAGAGCAAGACCAGGAGGACAGAAGCUGGACUGCACUCUACAUUCUGCUGUGACAAGAGAUGGACACACGCUCUCUUCACACAGCCAAGGACCUCUGCUUGGAGCCACAAAACAACCUGUCACUUGUCACACACUGUCUCUCAUCUGAUCUGAGCCAGAACGGAACCAAGCACCUGGAACCUGGAACAUUGACUGUGUUCAGCACAUGCUUUGGGCUUUGACCACCUUCAUCCAGGAAGAUUGCACACAGACAGACCCGGAUCUAGCCUCUGACCUCUCACCUGCAACCUGUGGCUGGCGGUGUGACGGCUUGUCUACUGUGGAGCAGCACCUACUCUCUUUCUCUGUUCUCUCUGCCACUAUCUCUCUCCUCCAGUCUUUCACUCUAGUCUCGCUUCUGUCUCUCCCCUCCAUCUCCCUCUCUGUCUCCUCACAUCCCCCCGCUAUGAUGCUGAGGAGAGACCGUCUGCUCCUGUCUGUGACCCUCACAGCCAUCUUCACUGCUGACCUCUACUUCGUCCUGCUCCCCAAGCUCCGCCACAGACAACCAGGACCAGAUGAUGGAGGCUGCAUUUGUCCCUCCUCCAGGGGGACUAACUUCACCCUUGCUGGGUACAGCGGCCUCACCGCCCCCUGGCCCUCCAACACCACCUCCAUGGACCUCCAGGCGAUGGGGGUCAGAGCUACGGACAACCUUACAGAUUGGGGCUCGAAGCUGGAGAGGCUGUUUGCUCAACCCCUGUAUAACAUCCAGACACCGGAGCUGGUGCUAGAAGAGAGGCUGUUACAGUCUGAAGAGAUAAUGGGGUAUUACAGGAGGAAGGUCUCGCGCUGGGAGAGGCAUAUGAAGCUGUACAGCGAGGCAGCAACGUUGCUGGAACACCAAGCGACCUUUGACCCUGAGGCCAGCUGGCUGAAGUUCCACCUGGGCAUUAAUCGCUACGCUCUGUAUGCCCGCGAGGACCCCACAAUCCCCCGCCUGCUGAAGGACAUGCAGUCCACCGCCGUCAUCAGCGCAGAUUACACUCAAGACGAAAAGGCCCUCAAAGGAGCGUGUGACUGUACCCGGGUGGUAAAGCCCAGUGGAUACCACCUCAAGCUGGCCCUGAAGAUGCAGAACUUUGGCAAGGCCAUGUUCAAACCCAUGAGACAGCAGAGAGACCAGGAGACUCCUGAUGAUUUGUUCUACUUCGUCGACUUCCAGAGACACAAUGCUGAGAUUGCUGCCUUUCAUCUGGACAGAAUCCUGGACUUCCGGAGGGUACCGCCGGUGGUGGGCAGGCUGGUGAAUUUGACGGGGGAGAUUCUCCUGACCACUCACAAUGAGGACCUAAGGAGUGUGUUCUUUACCUCUCCAGCGAACAACACGUGUUUCUUUGCUAAGUGUCUGUACGUGUGUAAGACGGAGUAUGCAGUGUGUGGGAGCCCUGACUUGCUGGAGGGCUCCAUGUCAGCCUACCUCCCCGGUCUCAGCAUCGCCCCUCGUAUCUCCAUCCCCAACCCGUGGAUACGAUCAUACACCUUCACUGGCAGGGAGGAGUGGGAGGUGAACCCCUUGUACUGUGACACCAUAAAGCAGCUGUAUCCCUACAACUCAGGGAACCGACUGCUCAACAUCAUAGACAUGGCCAUCUUUGACUUCCUUAUUGGUAACAUGGACAGGCACCAUUAUGAGAUCUUCACCAAGUUUGGCGAUGAAGGUUUUCUUCUUCACUUUGACAACGCCAGAGGGUUUGGGAAGCAUUCUCAAGAUGAGAUGUCCAUACUGGCUCCACUGUCACAGUGCUGCAUUAUAAAGCGUUCCACGUUACUGCGGCUGCAGCUCCUCUCCCAGGACCGCUACAGGCUCAGUGACGUGAUGAGGGAGUCCCUGGGAGGAGACGCACUGCAGCCGGUCCUUACUGAGCCCCACCUGCAGGCCCUGGACCGCCGGCUGCAGCGUGUUCUGAAGACAGUCCACAGGUGUGUCCACAGGCUGGGAGAGGCUCAGGUGAUCACCACAGACUUUGUUGAUACCUCCGCCAUGCCUGAGUCUGUCAAACCAGUAUCUGCGCCCAACAAGGAGAGGUAACUAAGGUUAACAAGGAAUUCAAAAGAAGUGCACUAUAAUAGGGGAAUAGGGUGACAUUUUGGACGUAUCCCCAAGUCCUACAAGGGGAGGUAACUUAAGACCAAGGACAGCCUGAGGACCAUGAUGGCAGGUGACCUCGUCCUGUAAAAGCAGGAACCACAGGGUCUGGUCCCUCUCACAGAGUAAUGCAUUCCGAACUAGUCUUUGAAGUCAAACCUUUGGAAUGAUACGGUCUGCUUUAACAAUAGACAGCAGCACUGCUUUCCUGCACUGUCAAAAUGUCACACAUGGCCUUGGGCUAUGAGGUCACCUGAGGUCACCUUCCAUGCAUUGCACCCUCUCUGGAGAUCCCCUCUGCCUUGCAGUGCAUUGAAAUGGACCUACAGUAUCAGUGCAUCAAAGGAGCCAAAUUACUGUGGAAGAUGCACUGGAUAAUUUAAGAUGAUUUCUGCCUUUUCACAAUUUCACACCAUUCUUCAGUACUCAACAGUCAUGUGACUGUCAUUUGAAUUCUAUGUAAGGAUGAUUGCACAUCGGUUCUGUGAAGUAACCUUGUACCAACAGAUAUUUAAUCAAAUAUAAAUGUGUAAAUAAAG